CUCCCAAAGUGCUGGGAUUACAGACGUGAGCCACCGCGCCUGGCCUGAAGUUCUUUUCUACAGAACUUUGCUGUCCGAUACACAUGAGGCUACACAGCCAACUGGGCACCUGACACGGGGCUAGUCCAUAUUGAGAUGGGCUGUUAACUCUAAAACACACACUGGAUUUCCAAGACUUAGAACUAACCACAGAGCGUAAAAGAUCUCAUUAAUUCUUUUAGACUGAUUACAUGCUGAAAUGACAGGAUGGGCUAAAUUAAAUACAUCAUUAAAAGCAGUUUCACCGAUUUCUCUUUACUCUUUAAAAAUGUGGCUACUACUAGAAUUACCUACGUGGCUCGGACUGUGUGUCUACAGGGAGCUCCUCUCCGGCACUCUGUACACUCAAGUUUCGCCGGUGUCCUCCGCCCGAAGGGCCGCCUCAGAAAGGCCAAGCCUCCGGCCCGGCCUCUCCGGUUUCCCGGGGAAGCGGUCCAGCCCCCGGCGAGGGCUCCGAGGUUGGCCCCGAGGGUUAAGGGUCAGCCCUGGCCCUCGCGACAUCCAUUCACCCGGCUCCGCGGGUGCAGCGCGCGGUCCUCAGAGAAACCCCGACCCUGGCGUCGCUGACCCGACCAUUCAUUAAUCGGGGGCUUCCGAGGGCCCGGAAGCAGCCUCGGGCGCUCCACUCCCCCAUUCUCGCGUAGCCGUCUCUUUGACCGCGUUACACUGAGCGGCGCAACCACCAGAGAAGGUAACUGGGAGGGCGCGACCUCCUUUAAGCAACACCCACCUCGGGCUGACUGAGGGGACCCAGGUCCGGUUCAGUCACUGCGUUCCCUAGGCUUCCCGGGUCUCACAGUGGCGGGGGCGUGGCCACAGCCUGAGAGGCGGGUUUCCUGUCCAGUCGUAAAUAACUUCCGACGUGUGCCGGAAGUUUCCUCAGUGACAAUCAGGAAGUCGGCGUGUCGGGAGGCUAGUCCAGGCCGCUGAGGCGGGUUAAGGUCUGAGGGUCGUGUGGAGCCAGGGCGCUGGUCACCAGGUGUUUGGCGUGGUCGACUCUUAUUUCUCACCUGGCAAUGGCGACGUACACCUGCAUAACUUGCCGGGUGGCGUUCCGCGACGCGGACAUGCAGCGGGCCCACUAUAAGACGGACUGGCACCGCUACAACCUGCGGCGUAAGGUGGCCAGCAUGGCCCCAGUGACCGCCGAGGGCUUCCAGGAGCGAGUGCGGGCGCAGCGGGCCGUAGCGGAGGAGGAGAGCAAGGGCUCGGCCACCUACUGUACUGUUUGCAGUAAGAAGUUUGCAUCUUUCAACGCCUACGAGAACCACCUCAAGUCCCGGCGGCACGUUGAGCUGGAGAAGAAGGCCGUGCAGGCCGUGAAUCGGAAAGUGGAGAUGAUGAAUGAAAAGAACAUGGAGAAAGGACUGGGCUUGGACAGUGUGGACAAGGAUGCCAUGAACGCCGCCAUCCAGCAGGUCAUCAAGGCCCAGCCGUCCAUGUCUCCCAAGAAGGCGCCCCCAGCGCCUGCAGAGGAGGCCAGGAGUGCCGUAGCCGUGGGGACUGGUGGCCGUGGGACCCACGACCGAGACCCGAGCGAGAAACCACCCCGGCUCCAGUGGUUUGAACAGCAGGCGAAGAAGUUGGCAAAGCAGCAGGAGGAGGGCAGUGAGGAGGAGGAAGAAGACCUGGAUGGAGACGAUUGGGAAGAUAUUGAUUCUGAUGAAGAAUUGGAAUGUGAGGAUACUGAAGCAAUGGAGGAUGGGGUGGAGCAGGAUGCAGAGGAGGAAGAGGCUGAGGAAGGCCCACCCCUUGGUGCCAUCCCUAUUAGGGACUGCUUAUUUUGUUCCCAUCAUUCCAGCUCGCUUAUGAAGAAUGUGGCUCAUAUGACCAAAGUCCACAGUUUCUUUAUUCCUGAUAUAGAAUAUCUUUCAGAUAUUAAGGGACUGAUUAAAUACUUGGGAGAGAAAGUUGGUGUUGGAAAGAUUUGCUUGUGGUGCAAUGAGAAAGGGAAGUCCUUCUACUCCACAGAAGCUGUACAGGCGCAUAUGAAUGACAAAAGCCACUGUAAGCUCUUCACAGAUGGCGAUGCUGCUUUGGAAUUUGCAGACUUCUAUGAUUUUAGGAGUAGCUACCCAGAUCACAAGGAAGGGAAGGACCCCAGUGAGGCUGAAGAGUUGCCCUCAGAAAAGAACUUGGAAUAUGAUGAUGAAACCAUGGAAUUGAUUCUGCCUUCUGGUGCCAGAGUGGGUCAUCGCUCCUUGAUGAGAUACUACAAACAGCGAUUUGGCUUGUCCAGAGCUGUGGCAGUUGCCAAAAAUCGGAAGGCCGUGGGCCGAGUACUUCAGCAGUACAGAGCCCUGGGAUGGACUGGCAGCACAGGAGCAGCUCUUAUGCGAGAGCGAGACAUGCAAUAUGUCCAAAGGAUGAAAUCAAAAUGGAUGCUGAAGACAGGAAUGAAGAACAAUGCCACCAAGCAGAUGCACUUUCGGGUCCAAGUGAGGUUCUGAGAGUCUGCUGGGAUUGAGCGAUCAUCUCCUUGCCCUUGCAAGUUUCCUCCUUGCCCUGAGGACCAGUGAAAGCCAGAUCAUAGGAGAGACCCUUUUGCUGCUACUUCAUUGGUUCUGACCUAAUAAUAAAAGUUAGAAUCAUA